AUGUCUGUCCAACAACAACAAACAACCUACCCUUCAGGGGACUCCCUCCAAUCAAACCAAGUCUCCCAACUUGAACGCCACGGCUACCUAUUCGGCAAAAAACUCACAGCUUCACUCUCACCAUUCCUUCAUAAUGUUGUUUAUCAAGAUUUGGGACUCAACUGGGGUCAAGUGCGACUUGAUUCAGCUGAUAUUCCUGCAUUCUUAAAAUUGGCCCAACAUCCCGACUUUUACGGCGCCUCAGUUACUAUGCCAAACAAAGUCGCCAUCGUUCCUUACCUGGAUGAACUUACAGAAGAGUGCCGUGAUGUCGGUGCUUGUAAUACGCUGUAUAUUCGUGAGAAGGAUGGUCGUCGAAUCUUCUGUGGCGCAAACACGGAUGUCCUUGGUAUCAGCGAGUCAUUCUACCAGAACAUCACAGAUCCUGAUGCUGUAUUCCACAACAAGCCUGCUCUCGUCGUUGGUGGUGGAGGUGCAGCGAGAAGUGCUAUUUAUGCUCUUCGAAAGAAGAUGCAGGCUACGACGAUAUAUCUCGUCAACCGCGACGAAUCAGAAGUCCAAGCCGUCAUUGCAGACUGUGCAGCACGCGGCUACGGCGAAGGUCUCUUGCACGUCAAGACCACAAGCCAAGCAUCAUCUCUUCCCGCCCCAGGCGCCAUCGUCGCAUGCGUACCAGACUUUGAACCCGAGACACAAGAAGAGAUCCAAGCGCGCGCAGUUACAGAGACGUUCCUCGACAAGCCAGAGAAGGGUGCUAUUCUGGAGAUGUGCUACAACCCUACACCUUUUACAAGACUUGGUGCUAUAGCGGAGGAUAAGGGAUGGAAUGUUAUUUUGGGAACUGAAGCGUUGAUAUAUCAGGGUUUGGAACAGGAUAAGUACUGGACGGGCAAGACUUUGGAGGAGUUGCCGGUUGAGAAGGUGAAUGUUGCUAUUGCUGAGAAGGUUGCUCAACGGGCGGAGAGCAAGUUGUAG